AUGGAAAUACAUGUAAAUCCACCUUUACCAACAGAAACUAUUUUUAUUAACCUUAAUCUCGAUGAAGCCAUUAACGACACACCCAAAUUUCGUGUAAAUGUUAGAAGGUUUGAGGAACAGGUUGAUCAUUUUGAAAAAUGGUUAGAACUUUAUUUAAAAUCAUUAAAACAUUUUAUAGAAGAGUCUAUCAAAUUUAUUGAGGCGAGUAAUGUUUUGGCCAAACGUUCAAUACCUUCUUCAUCAGAAGAUGCAUUAUUAGAUCACGAUUUCACACUUCCUGCAGCUAGAAUCUUUGCAGAUACAUUUCAAACAACCUUAGCAUUUAAACAAAAAUUAGUUAAUGAUAUUGAUGAAAAACUUAUACAGCCUUUAUUGCAUUUUACAAAAACUGAUCUUAAAGAUUUUAAAGACGCACGUAGAAAUUAUGAUCGUGCACUUGAACGUUAUGAAUCAAUGUUGGCAAAAUACACAUCUCAAUCUAAAAAUAAAGAAGCAAGUGCAUUACGUGAAUAUUUGAAUGGAACUUCUGCUCAUUUAGAAUUUCAUGAAGCUAGCUUAACUGUUUACAAAAGUACCGAGAACCGAUCAGAAAGAUUGAAGGGUUGGCUAUGGGAGAGAAAAUUAACAAAAUACACAGACAGUAGUAAUUUCACAUUAAUGAAUAAUCAACAAAUUAAUGAGACAUCAAUACAGCCAAAUCGUCCUCCUUCAAUAGAUCUUCCUUCUCCCUCAAUAAUGCCAUCAAAACAAGGCUAUCUUUUCAUGAGAACUCCUUCAGGGAAGAAUACAUGGACCAGAAAAUAUUUGUAUUUGAAAGAUGGUAUGAUUUGGUGGUCUUCGAUUGUACACGGUAAACAUCGAAGCAUCUCGGUGGGAGAAAGUGAGAAGAUUGAUGUACUCUUAUGUGAAACUAGAAUAGAUACUUCUCAGGAUAGAAGGUUCUGCUUUGAAAUUGUCUAUGGUGCUAAACAAACCACGUGGUUACUACAAGCUGAAACAGAAGAGGAACUAAAAGAAUGGAUUAACGUAUUUGAGUCAGCAAAACGUUACGCAUUCCCUUCUACCAUAUCUCAUAAAGAACAAAAAGAUGAGAAUAGUAUUAAAAAUGAAGAAGAUGUUGUAAAGCAAGAUGAUUCAAAUAAAUCUUUAUCAUCGAACACAGUAGAAAAUAACAAUAUUACAGAAAAAUCUUCAACCGACACAAAACCUGCCGCGCAUCAUAAUACUCUUACUACACCAUCUCCUACUUUCGGCGCUGAUUCAUCGUCUAUGUCAACAACAAAAAAAAGAGCUGCUUCUAUAUCCACUGCAGUUCCCACACGACCUCCUUUAGCAUCUUUAUCAGGCGACAAGAAUGCUACUACUCCAUCAGCAAAUCAACAGCACUUUUGGGGUACUAUACAAUGGGCAUUACCUGCAGUAAAUUUAAUCAUGAACACUGUUAAUGGAUCUGAAGGUGAAGAUGGAGAUGUUAAUGCGGGAAGAAGAGGAUCAUCUUCUGCACUAAGCAAAGGCGGAAGGUCUCGUAGCGUUGGUGGACCUGUCGGUUUUGGCGUUGAUGGUUCUAUCGCAGUAUAUCCACAAUCUUUAUUGUUGCAUAAUGUGCAACUUCAUUUGUUUUUCCAGGAAAUGCUUGAAACUGAAUUUGUGUUAGAUGUUUAUCAAUGUGCAUGGCAAAAAGAUGAUACAUUAUUGAAAGGCCGAGUUUAUCUUACCCAAGAUAGAUUUUAUUUUUACUCUUUGAUAAUGAGCGUUGUUAAUAUGUUUUCAAUAAGAUGGAAAGAUAUAAAGUUCAUUAAGCCAAUUAAUUCCGAUUUCCAACAAGUUUUGGAAAUUUCAGUAAAAAAUGAGGAAAAUAAGUAUAUUGUAAAGUCAUUUUUUGAUACAAGAUCAACAUUUUCUGACAAAAUUAAUUUAAUAUGGAAACUUGCAAUCGAUGAAAAGCAAAAGACAUUGCAAGAAAAGUUUAAUUCUGUCUGGAAUAUCAAGAGUGCACCAAAAUCAAAAAUAGAGGGUUAUAAAUUAACUUUAAAUAAUGAUAAUAAUAUUGCUACUUCUACUGCUAACAAUAACGCAAGUGAUAGUUUAAAAAAUGUCACGUCACAAUUAGAAAAAUUGAUUUCUCCUCAAGAUUUCAAUAAAAAUAUUAACAAUAAUAGUUUGGAGAAUAGCACUAAUAACGAUAGUCAAAAUAAAGAAAAAUCGUAUGUUUAUUUCCUUUUUCAAUUUUUUAUGAUUACAACGUCAGCGGAAGACGAAGAUCUACCUUCAAAUAUUCCUCAACCAAGAGGACCAAUCAGAUGUGCUUGUACAAAUCAUCUUGAAAAGUUAGAGGCAGAAAUUGAAUAUCCAGUUUCUGCUAAAAAACUAUUUGAUAUGAUAUUUGAUGAGAAAAGUACUUUGUGGUCAAGACUACAUCAUAAAAAAGGCAAUAUCUUACAACAUAGUGGUCCUUGGGUUAUUGAUAAUAGUGGUGAGGGGGAAAGAAAAAGAGAAUUCAGAUAUAUUAUACCAAUCAAUAAUCCAGCUGCAAAAGUUAAAGAAUCUGAAUGUGUAGAUGUACAAGUGUGUCAAAAAAGAGAAGAGUAUUUGUAA